AUGAAUCCCGACCAAAAGGACCGCAAGCAGGGCGCCAAUCCACAGGCGCGUGGUUCGAAUCGCACGAUCCCUUGGAAUGAGCUGUUCUCUAGUCAUGAAGCUGUCCUUUCCUCCCACCUCGACGUCUUGGCUCAGGUAAAAGCGCAUACCGCAACAGACAGCGAGGCAUUCCAAGCAGUGACGUCGAUGGUGAACAAGACUGUCCAGGCGAUGAACCAAACGAAGUUGGCCAGAAAGAACAUGAUGCACAAAAAUACCUCCUCCAGCUCCGCCUCAAGAGCAACCCCACAAACACAAGAUCCAGACACAGAAGCAAACACGCGUAAGAAGCGUCGUCGAAGCUCCCGAGACAAAGAAACAACGAUCCCGGACACCGAUAUCCCGCUCCAAGACCCCUCUACAGGUGAAGAGCGCGCUUCCAAACGAUACCGUGAUGUUUCACAGCCGUCCGAAUGGAAUGAGGACGACGUCACGUCCACAUCACUUGGGACAGAAGAUAUCUCGGCUGAAGUCCAGCGCAGACUGAAGAUCAAGGAAGAGCAACGGCGGAAGAAGGAUAAUCCUAAGGCUGAUAAGAGGAAGAGAGAGAGCCUUGCAUCCAAUGAAGCUACUUCACCUGUUAUGCCUCGACCAAAGAAGAAGCGGGCGCGCGUGGAGAAUGAGCGAAAGAGGGUUGGUGAGGCGGAGGAUGAGGCUGGUUCGAAGAAGAAGAGACAGGGAUGGUAG